AUCACGGGAUAGCUAAACAAAUCAUGGUUCUUUAAUAACACACUGUAAGUGCUUUAUUGAUACUUUCUUUUACUGGCUGGUGUUGUUCUGCUGCCUCGCCUUCUCGUUGGUGAAUGCCGAGAGCCUUUGACGUCAUUAGCCCGAUGGCGCAGUGACUACUCAUGACCGUAACUAUAACCCACCAAAGCUCAUUUCCUUCUUUGACAACGAAAGAUUUUGCAAAUAGAAGGCAGAAAAGUCUUCAACAAUGGUAUCCAAUACCACCGUUCUCAUUACUGGGUGCAAUCGAGGAAUUGGCAGAGGCCUCCUCGAGAUCUAUUUGUCUCGAGCUGACCAUGAUAUAAUCGGUACAGCUCGACACACCAGCCCCUCAUUAUUGGCAGAACUGGAUGCCAUUCCAAAAGGCAAGAAUACUCGAUUGAUCUUACUCAAGCUGGACUCUGCAUCAACAACAGAUGCAUCGAGUGUCGUUGAAGCCUUGAAAUCGACCUACCAAGUCACUCAUAUUGACACCGUCAUUGCAAACGCCGGAAUCUCGAAUUAUUUCGGGCCAGCCCGAGACACUCCGCCUGAGGAAAUGCUCUCCCACUAUACUGUAAACACCAUGGGUCCACUUCUUCUCUUCCAGGCCACCGCAUCACUCCUUGACCUUAGCUCGAAUCCCAAGUUUGUUACUAUUUCCAGUGGUGCCGGCAGUAUAAGUGGCACGGACCACUUGAAGGUUGAGAAUACUGCCUACGGAGCGAGCAAAUGCGCUCUGAACUUUGUGACGAGAAAGAUCCAUAUGGAGAACCCGGGAAUCAUCGCGUUUCCGAUAAAUCCAGGCUGGCUGAGGACAGAUUUAGGAAACCAUGCUGCGACAGGGGCGGGGAUGGAGCAAGCUCCAGUCUCCGUGGACGAUGGGAUCAAGGGAGUGGUAGCCAAGAUUGAUAACGCAACGAGAGAGUUUACGAGUGGAAAGUUUCUGAGCGGACAAGACGAUACGAUCUUAAGUUGGUAAUGUACAGGGGAACUUUUUACUUUUGAAACAAAGAUUUCCCCUCAGGAGAAUGAGCCUCAGAUUUGAUUUGAGUUGCCAGAGAACUCCAAAUAGACUGGGAGACUUCAAUAAAUCAUCUGAGUUCAGGAGCAUCACGCGUCGAAUAGCGGCAGCAGUGAUAUCAAAAUUCAACUUUUCCACGUCGUAUUAUUCCAAACAACAGAUGACCAUCAACUCAGAAGAUCACGUGAACCUCUCUUGGGGAUUUGCUUUCGGUCUUUAGCGAUCCUGAGAGUAGAUAAUGUCCUGGUUUGCGGCUUGUCAGCAGUCUUUGUUUCUUUUCUCUCAAUAGUGUAUCCUACACAGGUACGUUACACAAAGCCUUCUGUGACGCUUCAGCACAACAUCGCCCACCCGUUCAUUGUGCCCACUUUACGGUAUACAAGAAGAAGAGAUUAUCUCCGCUCUUCUUGUGCUUGGAGAAAAAAUUGAGUCUUAAGCACACUAUGCACGGCUACAGUAAUAGGUAGAAGUUUUAAGCAGGUAAGAGAAUUCAAUUCACG